CGGUUAGCUUCGUCUGCAACGCAAACCCAACACGAAGGAGCAAACAUCGGCAAAAUGGGUUUAACAGUUGAAUUUUUCCCAUUUUCAUUGCGUGAGCGGGAAAAUACACAGAAACCGUAAGCUGCUGGAGUUCAAUAUAGAUUUUUUUUUGUCUCCACCAUGUCUUCACGAAAGCGUAAACGGUACUCAAAGAAGGACAUAAAGCACGUUUUCUUCCCGGAUGACGACAACAACAAGAGUCUCCAGCAGGAUGUGGGAAGAGAAGCUUCACUACUUUYAUCCAGCAAGAGUUGGACGAAGUGUGGAGACAGCUUUUUGGGCACUCCGGUGUUAAAGAACCUCCGGUCAUCAAGAAGAAAGCUGUCCUCUGUAAGAAGGUUUGCUCAGUCGCCUGCUUUAGUGCAGAGCAGUUCUCACAGUAAUGAGAACCCUGAGCAGAUUGCGUGGAGUUCCAGUGACACCGAACAGUCUGACGAGAAUCAGGAGAAGAAAAACACUAAAGCUGUUUCACAGCAACAGCGGCGGCCUCAGCGAUCAGGGAAAGCCACAGCUCCUAUUCAGUCUUACAUCAGAGCUCUGAGCGUGCUCACUGCUAAUAAAGAUGACCUGCCUGUCAUAGACACAGACAGUGAUCUGGGUGGAUCCGAGGAAGAUGCUGAAAAGUACAGUGGGCAACAAAUCUCAGACUGUGACUCCAACUCCGCUGAUGAAAGACCAAAAGACCUACAUGUUGAAUCUGCAAAUGACGACGAGCUUGUGAUCACAGGUUACGUCUCUGAUGGGGAGGAUGUUGGCGACACGUUGACCUCAAGCAAACUGGACUCCGAAAUCUUCCCUCUCCAAAGUGGCGAGGGCAGCAAAAAGUCAGUCAGCAACUGGCUAAAAUCGGCACAGGCGCUGCUGCAGACGCCCCAAAAACCGACUGACCGGCAGUCCAAGACCCCGGAGGACUCCGCCAAAAAGAAAAGGAAGUUUAAAAGUGGAGGUCUGGCAGAGAGGCUGAAUCGGCUUCAGUGCAGACAGAGGUCAGCUAUCAGUUUCUGGAGGCACGAGUUCGUCUCUGACCCCACAGCAGCAACGAACACAACAGUGGACAGGCCCGGUGUGCUGGUGCUGGAGGUCCUGGAUGUCCACGAGGAGUGCAGCAUGCAGCUGGCACGUUGCCAGCACCGCCAUCCCCCCGGAGACGUCAACCAGCACGAUAAAUCUGUCCCGGAGGAAAGAACGAGUGUUUUGGUGUUGUUCAACAAAGAGACGGCUGCUAAGCUGAGUCCUGCACCUAGAGAUAUYAUCCACGUUUUCCCACCAUGGCAAAGUCUCUCCGUGGAAGGCUUCGGCCAUUCUGUGAUCCUGAACACACACUUCAGCCAGAAAGCCUAUGCCGCUUCCAAACCAGGCAGCAGUUCCUUACAAAGAGCCUGGGUCUCCGCCGAAAGGCACGCGCCGUAUUACUUGGGUCAAACAUUCGGACUUGUGGACGAMUGUGGGACCAAAUGUGAAAGCAGUGACAAGCAGGUUGCAGCCCCUGAUGCUCUGCGCAGCGUUGGGGGUUCUGGAGUUACGAUGAAACACUGCGUCUCUCUCCUGGAAGCUAUCGAAGGACUUGGCCAGGCCGGUUUUGUGGAGCAAGAUGUGGACGUGGUUAUCCAGAGAGUUUACUCUGUCCCCCUGGCGGACUCGCCUCCUGUGUCCAUUCUCAAAUCCAGAGUCUCCCUCCGGUCCUCCACGGCUCCUCCUCCUGCAGAGAAAGGCAAAACCAG